GAUGCGACUCUUACUAUCCUUCUUCGUCCUCCUAUUCGUGGUAGCCGCCAACCUACCUCUUGUCUUCGGCGAACAAUUUUGCGGGACUGACUCGAACGCUACUCUGGUUGAAGCGGAUCUGUUUGGUCCUCAGAUGGGGGCUGCAAGUUUCCUCAAGGGUGAAUUCCGUCACCCUUGGCCACAAGUAGGAAAUCGACGACCAAUCCGCUACUGCUAUGUCGAUGAAGCCACAAGGAACGAACUUCAUUGCAGUGUGCAAGGGGGCCUAGGUGCCUGGGCUUUGAAAGUUGAAGGACCUAUCAAAGAAAAUGGACAUUCGCUUAGCUGGCAAACAGCCGGUGAUCGUACCAACGAUAUGACGCGAUAUUAUACCCAAAUACUAUCACGACGCUUCGGGGAAGUGGAACCCUGCCGUAAAUCCGGACACUCUCGCUAUACAUGGGAAGAAGGGCGCAACGCCAAUGGCAUCCUUGCACAUGAGAUUGGACAUGUUCUCGGAAUGGUGCACGAGCAGGUCCGUUAUGACCGCAACGAUCAUGUCGAGUAUCGAUGCCACAACGUGUUGGGCUACCAACGAGCCCUCAGCGACGCUAUACUUGCUGGAGUCUCGGCUGACAUGGCAGGCAAAGAUCUUUGCGAAGACAUGCUGUUUGCCCAACGCUUCGCAUUCGACGGAACAGCAUUUACCAAACAGGACAAGUAUAAGAGUGUCUCUUUCGCGAUUCUGGGUGAUGGAGAUUUCGACUACCCAUCCAUCAUGCUAUACCCGUCAAAUACUUACGCCGGCCCCGGAUGCCAAGGCACCGUCAACAACCUGGUUGCCUGUACUCUGGUCGCAAUUGAUAGGGCCAAUGGAAAUGCGGUUGGGCAAUCGUAUAUUCAUACGAACAUGGUUCCGUCCGCGGGAGAUGUUGCAUUCGUCAGAAAGUACUAUCCUUAGAUAGAGGGCCCUCCUCCCGCCGAGGCCACGCCAUCCAAAGAAGCUCAGGCUAAAGACCUCGUCUUCUCUCAAGGCUAGGUUAGACGUAAAGUCUCCCAUCAGAGUUCAUCACAUAAAGUCUCAGCGGGAAACAUCGCACUGCACGAGCCAUAAUUGCUGGAGAUUGGGGAGAGUUUUUCGCAAAAAUGAGAAAAUAUGCGGAAAGACUAGAUCAUAGAUUAGGUCCUUGAAGAAGAUCGGCCUGAGGCAAGAUUUGGUUUGCCCAAAAAUGCUAGACGCCUAGGGAAGUAGAAAAGAUUUAUAUCUAGAAAGACGAUAGAGCGAGAUAGAAUCACUUAGCG